GUUUAAUCCUGAAAUUUGAUUGACCCUCUGCCGUUUCAUUCAGCGCCCAAACAGUUUCCAUUGCACCCUAAAAUUCUCAGUCUUGCCCCUUUCUCACCAGUGUAGAGUUUACCAAGAAGAAGAAUCAUGGUGUGGGGACUCUUCCCUAUCGAUCCUCUUUCAGAAAUUUAUGUGACAGGUGAAGAUAAGUACUACAUUUUCAAAACUGGGGUUUACAAAGUUGGUCGAAAAGGUUGUGAUGUGAUCGUCACUAAAGAUAAAGGAGUUUCUCGAGUUCAUGCAGAAAUAGUUGUUAAUGCAAUGAACAUGUCUAAUCUUUCAGCCUGUGUACAAAUUAGAGAUUGCUCCAAGUAUGGUACGUUUAUUACCAAGAGCGAUGGGCUCAAGAAAAAAGUUCAUGAGCUACCAAAUAAAGAAACAGAAUUACAGGAUGGUGACCUUGUUUCUUUUGGCACUGGCAGUGCCACCUACAAGUUUUGCCAUGUCCCCCUCAAUAUUUUCAUAUGCUCAUCGAAUAAAGUGGAUCGAUCUCUUAAAGAGAAAAUUUCAUCAAUUGGUGCUAGUAUUACUCAUACCUUAGGUGAAGAUUGCACAUAUGUGCUGGUAGAUCAACUCAUGCCUCUGAAGAAGGACCUUGUUGAUGCUGUUGUCGCAAAAAAAUCUUGCGUUCUCAAAACUUGGCUUGAGGUUUUUGCAGAGAAAAACAUUAGCACUGAAAUUCCUAGCUGUCACACAUAUUUUCCAACAGUGUCAGUGGAAGGAGCAUCUAUCAAUGUUGCUGACCCCAAAAGCCGUGAAAACUGCUUGAAAGGAUAUACUUUUGUGUUGGGAUCUGUGCAUUUGUACAAAUUUGGGGAUCAGCUAAAGUCUUUAUUGCAAGUGGCUGGUGCUAAAGUUAUUUCUCUUGAAGAUUUUUGUUCAAAUACUCAAGGCUCAGAUUAUGGAGAUGAUAAUCGGGUGGUUUGUGUCAUCCCAGGAGGACCAGCAUGCAAGUCUGAUGUCUUCAAUAAAUUAAGUUCCUUGCUUAGGGUGGAUGAGACGGAUAUUAUCUGUGCUGCUUUCAGUGGACAGCUAGAUCUGUCUGUUCUGAAAUCACCAUGCAUUCUUGUUUCAUCAUCAUGCUCUACAGAUGACACAGAUGAGACAGUUGUUGCAGAUUCAGACACAGAAGUUGAAACAGCAACAUCAGCCCACGCCAGUGAGGCCCUAUGUGAAGGCAAUAAUGUAAAAACAAAAGAAUCAGAUUCAGGUGAUGAUUCCCGCACUCUGGAUAAGAGAAAACAUGAGAGAAUGGAGGCAUCUGUGGAUGAUGUUUCUACCAGAUUGCAUGAAAUAAAACAUGCAAAAGCAGAAACAGUCUUGGAUGGUGUUUCUGUCAAAUCAGAUACGCAUGCUACCAGCUUCAAGGAUGGUAGUGGUGGUAUUAAAAUAAAGAAAGACAAGAUUGAUGAUUAUGAAAAUGGAUAUUCAGUUAUUGUUUACAGCCAAGAUUUAGUUGUUCGAGAUAUAAACAUACUUACUAACACAAGUACUGCACCAAACAGCAGCGUUCCAAAUUUUAAACGCUUUAGAAAGGGACAAACUCAAUCUGGUAAUAGUUUCGACAAUCUUGUUCCAUUUGCAAAAUAUCCAUACAAGGAUUCUGGCUCUGGGAAUGAUGAGAUGGUUGAGUAUGUGAAAGAGGAGAAGAGGCGAAAGCAAACAGAAGCUAUGGCAGAUGACCUAUUUAAUAAUGAGAAGGCAAGGAAACGAGGCACAACUGGACGAGGCACAGCUGGUUCUCUUCAGGGCAUUCUUAUUUCAUGAAUGUUAACCACGUUUUCUAUUCUAUUAUUAUUUCUUACAAAAUAUUGACUAGACUAUAAAUUAGUGUAUAUCUUGUGUUUCCAAGUUGCAAAAUAUUGUUUUAGUUAGAAAAAUGACAAAUGUUUGCUGUGACUAAUGCAGAAAGCCAGAAAGUAUAACCUAUUGUCAUAAGGGUGUGCUGUGCUCUUAUUUGAUGCAAGUUUAAGUUACUGAAAA